AUGGCGUUUGCUGGGACAAAUAUCAGUUUGUCCCAGCCGGAUAUCACGCAGAAACUAACGGAGCGCAUAGACGACCUGAAGCAAAAGAUCGCUGCUUGGGGGAAGCGGAUUCGACGAUUUACCGAGAGGUCAAGGCAGUUCAAUCAUAAUCGUCUCUUCCAGAGUGAUCAGAAGAGGCUCUAUAAAUCAUUGGAGCGAUCAAAGGUAUGUGGAGCGGGCCAAGGACCGGAUCAGGCUGACAUUAUCGUAUUCUGGCGUGGCCUGUGGUCAGAGCCCGUAAACCACAGCGAGGGCCCUUGGAUGGAAGUUGUUGCGAGCCAGGGUGCGAGUGUUACGCCUAUGGACCCCAUCACCAUAACGCCGGAAGACGUGGCUGAGGCGAAGGAGAUAUCUAAGCAUACGAAGUAUGACCCACCAAACAGAACAGCUGUAGACAUCAUAGAUACUCUUCGACAAAAACUAGCAGUCAAAUGCAACCGACUAAAAAGGUACCAAAAAUCGCGGAAGAGAAGAGAAGACAACGCUCUUUUUACAAAAAACGAAAAGCUAUGCUAUCGGCGACUCCAACAGAGCGUUAAUGAUACGAGUGGACUUCCCCGGCGGAGGGAGGAUGUUGAGAAAUUCUGGCGUAGCAUCUGGUCAGAGAAGGUGAUCCACAAUGAAACCGCAACAUGGAUCACAAGAGAAGAACAGCGUAUGCUUGAGGUCCCAGAAAUGCAACAUGUGGAAAUUACAGAAGAGGAUGUCACUCAAGCGGUGUACAAAUCCCCCAACUGGAAAGCCACGGGACCCGAUAAGAUCCACAAUUUUUGGCUUAAGAAGCUGUUCUACACAAAUCAAUGA